GUGUUCAAAAAAGCAAAAUGAGAUAAAUUUUUCUAAUCUUUUUUAUAUAACAUUGAACGGGAAUUAAAGCAAGCUUUAAAUUCAUACUUCGUUGCUAAUUGUUUAAACAACACGUAUUGUGUGCUCUCGUAGAUUUUAUGUAAACCCAAUAACAUUUUUACACGUACAACGCAGUGUAGUUUCGUGGUAUAACGAGAGAGGAAUUGUGAAUUUAAAAAUACGGUUCCAAGUUAUUUUGCGUGGACUCAAUAGUUUUCUGGAUAGAAUGGAGAAUAUAACAAAGAUGUGGAUGGGUCCACUACCCGCGGACUCCCCUUACGUGAAACCAUUUAGACUAUACUAUGUGCAGAAUGGGGUCGAAAAGAAUUGGGAUUUAUUAAAAGUGCAUGACAGUGUUGCUGUAAUUUUGUUUAACACGACACGACAAGUUUUAAUUUUUGUACGUCAAUUUCGACCAGCUGUCUUCCAUAGCGUCGUUACCACCAGCGGCAGUAAUGUUGGUGAAGUAGAUUUGCAGAAAUUUCCUCCGAAAAUCGGAGUGACAUUAGAACUGUGUGCAGGUAUUGUCGAUAAAAAUAAGAGUUGGGCGGAUAUUGCACGUGAAGAGGUAUUAGAGGAGUGCGGUUAUGACGUGGCUGUUGAACGUAUUGAGGAAGUGUUGACCUACAGGUCGGGAGUAGGCUCCUCAGGCGCAUCUCAAGUGUUGUAUUACUGUGAAGUAACAGAUGAUGACCGUGCUACUAAAGGUGGUGGUGUGGAGGAUGAAAUGAUUGAUGUGGUUGAGUAUACACUUGAAGAAUCUAGAGCAUUGCUGAAGCAAGGUGCGAAGAUAAAUAGUCCACCCAGUUGUCUCUUAGGUGUAAGCUGGUUUUUAAUGAAUAAAGCACCUAAGCAAGUAUGAUCCAACAAAUGUGAAAUUGAAACAGAAUGAAAAAAGACGCAAAAACAUCAAUUCUGCCGAAUUUGAAAGAAUGAGUUAAAUUUCACAAAAUGUUAAAAUAUUUUUCAAUACACAUUAUGCAUAUUUUUUACAGAUGUAAAUUAAACUGCCACUGGAAGGCUAUUAAUAAUAAAAAAAUAACAAUUUUGUGUUACUAAGUACUAUGCUAACUAUAUGUAAAUUCAAUAGUGAUAUUUAUGCAUAAAAUAAAUAAAUAUAAAAUUAUUGCAUAUCUUGGAAAACUUA